CCUACUUUUUCUGUGCAGGUACAAUGGAGCUGGACGAUGUCUCGGUAACUGAUGGACAUUUGUUGGGACGUGUUGCUAGAUUAAUAGAUUACGUAGAUGAGGAGGGGGCUGAGCAGGACUUAUAUAACAAGCUACUGGAUCUAAAGAUCAGGAAUGGCUUCUAUCUGCAGGAGUUAAGUGCACUGUACACGUCUCAUCCUGCGCAGUCUUCAUGCACACCCACAGAGCCUCAUGUGGAGGAAUUGUUUGGUGCUAAAAAGAGUCCUGUGCAGGAGCCUGGUAUACAGAGUAAGGUCACAAGGACUUCGGACGCUGCUGCGUCCCACAGAAAGAAAUUAACUUCCCAGAUGGGAAACCAAGAUGAUGUGUUUUUGGGAACUGUCCCUCAGCCAUUCCUUAUGACCCUACGAGAUGCUCGGAAGGGUGACAAUACCAGUUCGCCUUCUUAUUCGUAUCUACAGGACCUUCAGAGACGAGAUGAAGCUGAAUGUCAGAGGCAGUUCCGGGCCCAGCCGGUGCCGGCUCAUGUUUUCCUUUCAUUGUACAAUGAGCUAAUGGAGCAGCAGGACACUAGACGACAAGACAACAUAAAUAAACGCAUGCAAUAUCUAUCCUCCCUGCAGAAGCCUUUUAGCUUUAUCGCCAAGGAACGUGUGAAACUAACAGAAGAGAUUACUGAAGCUGCACCCCUACAGGACCUCAAACCUAAGGCUGCACCCCCACAGAACCAGAAGAAGCCGACGAUCCCCAAAUCUGUCCUGGAUCCCACGUACAGUGACCGGCUUAAAGAGGCUGAGCUGCUAAGGAAAAUCACUGGUCAGAUGAGAGCCCAGGAGCUUCUCCGGAGCUCAGCAGCCCCCAUUCUCCUGAGCAGGGGAACGAGGGACACAACGUCCAGCAUCUCACUGAGAAACAAGCAGGACCAGCUGAGCUUCUUGCAGCAGAACUUCACAUUCCGACCGAGAACAAACCCAGCCGUGCCCGACUUUCACGCACUGUACAAAGUGUUUCAGAAGGAAGCCAUGAGCAAGAGACCUACCAGAGAGCCUGUGCGGCCACAGCCCUUCACCCUGCGUACCGCACAGCUCAGGGACAAGAAGAAACCUGUGCGCCCAGAGACACAACGCAGCGAUAAGGACCCUGCGAGCAAGGCUGUAAGUCUGGCCUCCUUGUCACCCAAUACGCUUCCUGUGCAUAUCCCAGACAGCACCAAGCAGAGAGAGUCAGCCAUUCGUUCUUCAUUAGGACAAAAAAAUCGACAGGAUGAGCAGAAAUCUGAGUGGUCAAAAAAACAGAAACGGAAAACACAAGUGAUACAGAAGUCUUUAAUGAUACGGGCAAAAGCCCUGGAUCCUCAUCGGCCGCUGUCUGUUUGUCACAAGGAGAAACUGAGCCAGAACAGACAGGCAGAACUUCAGAGAGUUAAUGAGUUCAUGGAAGAGCUGGAGCAAAUAAACAGAAGAGUGAGGGAGCGACCAUACUUAUUUGAACAAGUUGCAAAGGCCGGUGUUGCUAGAGAAGCAGAGAAGAGAUUUACAAAGACCCUGCAGCGAGCUGGGGUGAUGAAUUUACAUGAGGAUGAAGAAGAAAUCACCCAAACACAGCCUGAGAUUGGUGUGUAGUCUGGAUUCAUUACAGCCCUUAGGGAUAAUACGGCCUCACAACAAUUACACUUCUAUACUUGUUUUCCAAUAAAAAUUAGCAUUUGAUUUAUAAAGUACAAAAUAAAAAAACAAACUGAAAAAUCCAAA